GCUUUGCAUACUGCUCAGUUGGCAGCGUUAACUGCUCGAGUGAACAGCGAAGCGCGCUUAAAGGAGUUUACAAAUAGAGAAACAAAAUGGAGAGUCAAAUCGAGGAGUUGUACAAGUUUAUUUAUCCGCUGGCCAUUAGAGCGGGCGAAAUACUGCUCGAAGGGUAUGAGCGCACGGAGAAGCAAGUGGACAUCAAGGGCGCGUUCUACGACGUGGUCACCGACUAUGACAAUAAGAUCGAAGAGUUUCUAAUGAAUGCCAUACUGGCCAAAUAUCCACAGCAUAAAUUUAUAGGCGAGGAGGAGACCGCUAAGAAUAAUAAUGUGUCCAAGGAGCUAACAGACGCGCCAACCUGGAUCAUUGAUCCCAUUGAUGGCACAUCCAACUUCAUCAAACAAAUACCACACGUAUCUGUUUCCAUUGCACUCUCAAUAAACAAACAAAUUGUGCUUGGCAUAAUGAACAAUCCUGCCCAGAACAAAGUCUAUACGGCCAAGCUGGGUCAAGGCGCCUACUGCAACGGCAAGCCCAUACAUGUGAGCAACUGCCAGCGCUUGGGGGAUGCCAAUGUAGCCUAUGAAGUGUCACUGCUGCAUGUGCACAAAGAGUCUAACAAGCACAUCAAACGCAUUUACCAUGUGGGAAGGCAGGCCAGACGGACGCUGGCCUAUUCGUGCGUGGUGGACGAGCUAUGCAUGGUGGCCGCGGGUAAUUUGGAUGCAUUCUAUAUUGAGGACAUGUAUCCUUGGGAUUGUGCCGCAGGCUCACUGCUGGUGCGUGAGGCAGGCGGUGUGCUAACGCAUCCUUUUGGCGGUCCCUUUGACAUUAUGAAGCCGGAUCUAAUAUGCGCCGGCACCGAAGCACUACGUAAAGAACUUGAAGAUGUGCUGCGCAGGGCUGAUCAAGAGAAAUCGGUGGGAGGCGACGAACAUUAGAAUGUGUCAAAGAAACAAUUAAACAAAAACAGAAAACAAUUAAAGCUUGACAAAUAAAACAAUAAAGAAAAGUUUGCA